AUUACUAUAGUUAAAUAGAUAAUUACAUUUUAAUAUAAAUACGAAAAAAAAUCAAGUAGCUUUCCUCACAUUGUAUUAUCAUCAUCAACCAAACCCUACGGAAUUUCGUGGACUUUUCUGAUCAAAAAUCCAAAAAGCUCUUUUAUUCCGUACUGGGUCAAAUGGCAAAGAGUUACUUCAAGCAAGAACAUGAUCUGGAGAAGAGACGGGCAGAGGCUGCUAGGAUCAGAGAUAAAUACCCAGAUAGAAUUCCAGUGAUUGUGGAGAAGGUAGAAAGAAGUGAUAUCCCAAACAUUGAUAAGAAAAAGUACCUUGUCCCGGCCGAUCUAACUGUGGGACAAUUUGUUUAUGUUAUCCGCAAAAGGAUCAAGUUAAGUGCAGAAAAGGCAAUCUUUAUAUUUGUGGACAAUGUGCUCCCACCAACAGGUGCAAUUAUGUCUGCCAUAUAUGAAGAGAAGAAGGAUGAAGACGGGUUUCUCUAUGUCACGUACAGCGGUGAGAAUACAUUUGGUUAUCAGAUUCCACUGUGUAGCCCCUGAUUAUUUACAUACACCAAUCUUCGUCCAUUCCCGGCAUGUUUGAUUUCAUCUCUGCCAUCUUCCUUUCCUUAUGCUGAUGCUUCUGUUAUUAUGCCUACUAUAUAAACACCUUCGCGGUGUUAAUAUGUAUAGUCACAUAUUGUACAGAAUCUCGAAGUUCUGGUUUACGAUUAAAAUUUACGCUUGUUUCAGUUCGUAAUUAUUGAAUGAAGAUCUCUGAUCACUGCUAGUUUUUGCUGGCCAUGGUUAUGU